AUGGAUAAAAUUGUUACUUUCAUUGGUUUUAUACAAAAUGCCGUGGCACCAUCUAGAAGAAAUAGAAACUCCAACAGAACUAGCCGUUCGAGUGGUAGAGUAUUUAAUGAUUCUUUUCCGAGAGCUUCUGCCAGCUUCCGGAAAGAUUCUUUUGACAGCGGAUUCAACUUCGCUAAUGGAGGUCUCGAGGAUACCGCCCCCUCAGGCGAGAACAAGAUGAACAGAACGAAGGCUUGCGCUUUUACCGAGCAAGGAUUGGAUACACUCCGAGGGGAGGUACGCGAAAUUGAACCUCUCAGAUGUGGACCUUCGAAACGAUCAGCGAACAUGAACUUUGACGGUGGACUGACUAGUGCUGCUGUUUUGCCUCCAGCUGUUAUUCCCAUGUCAAGUGAAACUCUUCACGGUGAUCUCAGCGAGGCUGUUGGGAAAGACACGCCAGCAGGUGUGGAUAGCAAGAUGGAAGGUGAUUCCAGAAACAAAGCCAAUUUACCAAGUUUGCGCGGCUGUAGGCUGCUGUCACCAGGUAAACAGCACAAGAAUCAGACUAAGGAUCGUAAGCGCUUAAAGCAAUGUAAAGAUUUGACAAACAAAGCCAAUCUUCCAGAUAUUUUUUCUAAUGCGGGAAAGUCAUUUGUUGAGGUAAAUCAACUAUCUGUGUUUAAAAGAAUGCCCUUUAGGAAGACCACUGCUGUUAAAGAGAGAGCUGAGGCAUCUACUAUAGAGCCCGAGUCAAAAGAAGAAGCCAUCAGCAACAGAAAUGGGAGGAAGUCCCGUCUGAAGGUGCCUAUAGUUAAGCUGAAGUCAAAAAAUGGCAAAGAUGGAAGCCGCAAAGAGUACGCGAUUUGCCAAGCAGAGCAAGUUAAAAACACGAAAGAGCAAACUGUUCCAGCACAAGGAGUGACGAUCUUUUAUGAAGAUAACAAUAAGUUUGUCAGUGAAAAAGGAGGAGAAAGUGGAACAAUGAAGAAUGGAAAAGGAGGGCUGAGGCCAGGUACAGCUCUUGGAAAGUGGAUAAAGAGACACGGCAAUAAAGUAGCACCAGCGCCAUUGGAUGACCUGGUCAGUGACGCCGAGCAAAUUUCACCAACGGAGCAAGCCUUGGUGCAGAAGGACAAAAAGAUUCAGAAAAAGGCUUGCAGUGAGACAAUUGUGCCUUAUGCAAAUAUGGGUGUGGAUGAGGAAACUCAUGCUUUGGACAAAAGAGAAAAACAAGGAAUAAUGAUUAGUAGUAUAAGUGUGCUUACCGAUGGAGAAGAUGAAAAAUGGGGAUCUUCACGGCUGAAGGCUUGUGAAAAAGUUGAAACAACAAGGGAUAAAAGUUUUAAUAGAGCUACUUCACCAGAAAAUGAAGUCACGCGUCUGUCUCCACUGAACAGUGGUUUUUACAAAGAAACCUUGGAAGACCUGUCCUUAAAAGAAAAUGACAAUGAUUCACAGAAAACGCAACCGAAAGAGCAAGACAGAGUAGAAGACUCAAUUUUUACCCGUAAAGACAAUGCGAAUUUUUCAGAGGAUUCGGAUAUGUUUGGUGUAUAUGAAGAACUAGAGAGGAAAAGUGGGCUUCCUGACCUACCAUCGUUGAUAACAGAUCAUUAUUCCCAGCCGUUCCCUACGAAAAGGAGAUUUAAAAACAUUUCUGAAAACUUGAUAAAGAGUGAGGAUGACUCUUUAAAACUAGAUGAAAGUGCACCGCACGACACCAAUCAGAUUGAUGUGGUAGAUCGAAAGAAAGAAUGCAAGCAAAGAGUAGUACCUGAUAAUUCCAAAAUUCAGAAGGCAACAACAUUUAAGGUAAAACGAGAAGUUGUGGGUUCUACUGAGAUUGGUAAAUUGCCUUUGAUACGCGAUCCUGAGAGUCAGAGACUUGCGAAAAUGAAGAUUAGACCUGAAAGAAAGGUUAGUCCGCACGAAUGGAGUAAUUCCUCGGCACAAAACACGGAAAGUUCCGUCAGAGCUCUUCCUUCCAUACGCGAUUUCAAGAAUCAAAAGCAAGUCGUUCUGGAAAAGACUCCAAGCAGUGAGACAGAUUGCCCACGCCCUUUAUUAUAUAUCCCAGCUAGGGGUUUCAUGAAAUUGUCAAAGAAUCUCCAGCAAUCCAUGGUACUUGCAAAUAGUACAGAAGGUUUAUCUACUGAUAACAGCGUUAGUAAAGCGACAUUUAAUGGGGGCAAAGCUUGCCUACCUUCAAUCAAAACGCAUAAUGAGCAAAUGGUGGAAGAAUUUCUUGCGAAGCAAAAACUUAAACAGAUGAAACAGCAAGAAAUGGAGAACGACUUUGAAGGCUGGGACGACGAGGAAGAACCGGAAGUGAUCAAGCAAAUCCUCGAACGACCGGUAACGGCCAAAAUUCCCCGUUACCCAGCUCACUGGGGCCCACUUCCCAAUGAACGUCCCCCAGGGAGGGGAGGGGAAGGAUAUUGCCUCGGCGUUAUAUGGAGAAAUACUGGCAAAAUUAACGUGACAGAUUCUUCGAGUGAAGGUAUGUUUAGAUUGUGUCAUGGAGGUAUAAUUACAAUUCAUCUCUUCGUGUUCUUUACUCUUUCUCACGAGUAUCCUGAAUAUAAAUACCGAGCUAAUGAGGAGCGCCUUUUUCCUUGGCUUGCAGCCUGAAACCAUCGAAACCAGACUUCUUCUAUUUCUUGUUAUUAGUCCGCUACAACCAGUUUUGGAAAAUAAUAUAAUGACGAUUAUUAUAUAUAUAUAUUUUCUAGUGACGAUCAUUUUCCCGGAAGGCGAAAACAACAGCGCUUCACUUUGUGUUCAUCUUCCCCAUCAUGCUUUCUUUGAACCUCCUAUAUCAACAGUUUGUAAAUAAAAUAGUUUAGCAAAAUAUUUCUUUUUAAGUCUAUUAGUCCAACACAGCCGAAAAGUUAUUUUACGACGAUCAAGGACGAAAAGCUAAUACAAACAUAGAGAUCGUGGUUUAACAUUAAACAUUUAAUAAUACUAUAUUGUUAUAUGCUAAACUCUAUAGACAAUGAAGACUUAACAAAUGCAGAUCAGGAACAGUUUUCGGUCCAGCGCGAGGUUAAAAGUCCUAAAACUCCAAAAAGAAUCCUGGAGAUCUUCGUGAAUUCUCGGUUUCGAAAGCUUGAUGAAAAGGAAGAGGUACCUUCCACCUGGUGCAGAGCGUCACGCUUACCCAGGCCGCCACCUCCAACAAAGAUACAAACCAGUUUUACAGUCAAUGAUAUGGUGGACAUAGAGGACAUAGAAGACUUUCUGUAA